CCCCUACGCUGAUAAAACUUCGAAUACUCCAUCUUUGCAGAUAUAUUUUGCUUUCAAAUCCAGGAUGAGCGAUGCGCAUCCACCCACGUUCCCCUUUGCUCGCCCCCAGGCUUGGGAACCACCAGCCCAGUAUAAACAGCUACGAAUGCUAAAUCCUGUCUCGCGAGUUGAGCUUUGGGAUGGCAGCCUUCCAUGGCUAGUAGUGAAUCACAAGGAUGUGGUCAGCGUGCUGACUGACGACCGGCUGUCAAAGGAGCGCACUCGCCCUGGCUUCCCAGAGAUGAGCCCAGGUGGUAAAGAGGCAGGGAAGAAUAGGCCGACUUUCGUAGAUAUGGAUCCACCAGCGCACAUGCGACAGCGUAGAAUGAUUGAGCCAUUGUUCAUCUGGAGUGCGGUGGAAAGACUACGCCCAUACAUCCAACAGACAGUCACAAACCUGUUGGAUAAGAUGAUUGGAGAGGGUUGUGAGAGACCAGUUAACUUUGUGGAGAGUUUUGCUUUGCCUGUUCCCUCCCACAUCAUCUACAGCAUUCUUGGGAUACCCUUCAGCGACCUCGAAUUUCUUACCGCACAAUCUGCAGUACGCAGUAACGGAAGCUCGACUGCUACUGAAGCCACGAAGGCCAAUCAGACGCUGCUCGAUUAUUUGAGCAAGCUGGUCGAAAAACGUUCUAAUGCGCCCGCCGAAGAUCUGAUCAGCAAGCUAGCGGUUGAGCAGGUCAAACCUGGUCAUAUCGAACACUCCGACGCCGUUGCCAUUGCAUUUCUCAUGUUGAUCGCCGGAAACGCCACUAUGAUCAACAUGAUCAGCCUUGGCAUAGUCACUCUGCUCAAAUACCCGUCCCAGCUUCAAAAGCUCAAGUGCGAUCUCUCGCUGACACCGGCUUUUGUAUCCGAGCUGUGUCGGUACCACACCGGAUCCGCCAUGGCAACCCGUCGCGUUGCGAAAGUCGACGUCGAGAUUGCAGGCCGCAAGAUCAGAGCCGGUGAAGGCAUAAUCGCUGCAACGCAGUCUGCCAGCCGAGAUGAAGCCGUAUUUUCGGAUCCUGAGACAUUCGACAUCUUGCGCUUCGUGGAGAAGGAGCAAGGCGGGCGAGGAGAAGACUGGUAUCAGGCGAUGGGCUAUGGGUACGGAGAGCAUCGAUGUGUUGCUGAGCCUCUGGCUAGAGGAGAGCUCGAAAUUGUCUUUGCCACCCUGGUCCAGAGACUGCCAAACCUGCAACUCGCGGUGCCGUUUUCAGAGAUCAAAUGGACAGCGCCGAGAGCUGAUAUCGGUAUUACGGAAUUGCCUGUUACCUGGUAGACCCAGUUGCUGCCUUCAUGCGGCGAAAAUAGCUGGUAGUCAGUAGAUUCAUAAAUCAAUUGCUGCUGGCAAAACAACCCUGAGACGCUCACAGAACUCUUUGCAGCUCAAACUUCA